CCAUCUGUCAACAUUGUGACCAGCAAGGCCACACUAUAAGGUUCUGUAAUAUAAGACGGGAAGACGAGAGAAGCGGGCUGAUUUCCUCUACUAUGGAUGGGGAUAUCUACGAUCAAUUUGGGGAGGCCAUUGACAGAAGGCUUGGAAGGGUGAGGGCUGAAGCCCAACGAAGAGCGGCAGCGGGGCCACCACCCCCUGCCAUGUUCAGGCUAUGGCAGGAAAAGGAGGAACCACCGUUUGGGGUGGAAGAAGUGAGAAAUGAUGAGGAAGUAACUCAAGGGCUACGAGGAGGAAGUGAGACGGAAGAGACCAUAAUCAUCGAGUCAGAUGACGAGGAGGAGGAGGAAAAAACGGAGCCUCCGUCCGUCUUAUUUGAGAAGAUGAAGGACUUGUUGGAUAAGAUGGGGAGGUACCAACAGAAGUUGGUGGGCCUCUGUAAAGAAGUGAAAGGAUGGAGGUCUAACAUCCCCACAGUAUUCCUCUAUGACUCUGGCCCGGAGUCAGCGCCUGGGCGACCCGGAGUAAAUGUGGUGGGGUCAUGCCCUCAACCAGGAAUAAGGGGGAGACCCCUCACUCCGCAAGCCCGACUGGCACAGGCAGCGCGAACGAGGAAUCAAGCCAAGGCCAGUACCAGCCAAGAGCCUCCAAGGGGGGAACACGAACCAGGGAGAAGGAAAGAAGCUGUGGAAGUAGAGGACGACGAUGAUGAAGAGGAAGAGGACGAGAGGCUGCGCAGAGAAGAGGAUCAGAGAGCGGAGCAGCGGGCAAGGAAAAAGGGAGCCAGGGGAGAGGCCGAACCGGUCAUACAUGACGGACCGCCCAAAAAGAAGAAAUACGCGGUCCGGUUGGAAGAAGGAUUUGACGUAGAGAAGGUGAUUGACCGGCUGCUGGAAGGGCAUAAUGACCUCAUGACCCUGAAGGAAAUCCUAGCGUCAGCCCCGCGACUCCACGAUGAACUGAAGGGGAGGUUAUCACGGCGCCUGGUGCCCAAUGUCCAUCUGGGUACGAUUCUGCCCAAGGAGGCAGAGUGGGCAGAGUCAAGUACGAAGAUGGACUGGAAGUGCGUAGCCUGCGGUACGGUGGAUUUCAUGGUGAAAGGUUCCAAGUGCGCAGCAAUGGUGGACACCGAGGCAGAGAUGAACAUUAUUCGGGAGGCGGACGCAAUUCACUAUCAAAUGGUACGUUUUCUUCUUUAACCUUUUUUUUUUUACCACUUUUCCGUGUCUCACAACCCCAUCUCCCACGUACGUCAAGCGGAUAGAGUAACACCUAUCCCAUUGCUAGUGAGA